AUGACCGAUCUCGCGCCCCAUCUCGAGCGCCUUGGCCUUGAGCAGUAUCUCGACGCUUUCAUCGGCGAAGGAUUCGACACCUGGGAGACUUUGACAGAUAUUCAAGAGAGUGACUUUGACGCUCUCAAUGUCAAACUCGGCCAUCGCAGGAAGCUUCAGCGGGCAAUCGCUGAAUAUCGAGGCAUCUCUUACGAACGCCUGUUUGGUUCUCCCGCUCAGGAGGGGCUCUCAGAAAGCGGCAGAGGGUUUGAGACUUCCACAGGGCCCCCGUCGGGUCCUGAACGGCCUUCUGGACCCCCUCCUGAGACAAAGCGAAAGUACAGGCGUCAUCCUAAACCGGACGAAAAUGCUCCCGAACGUCCCCCUUCUGCCUACGUGAUAUUUUCGAACAAAGUGAGGGAGGAGGUCAAAGAGCAGAACCUCUCCUUUACCCAAAUAGCCAAGCUUGUCGGCGACCGAUGGCAAAAGUUGGAUCCUUCGGGCAAAGAGCCUUUCGAAGCUCAGGCAAGCACCGCCAAAGAGAAAUACAACAUCCAGCUAUCAGCAUAUCGCAAGACCGAGGAGUACAGAGACUAUAUGGCCUAUCUUUCAGAGUUUAAAGCCAGGCACGGACAGUCAUCGGAAGCAAAGAGGCCCAAGCUGGAGCAGGAAUCCAGCGGCAGCAUCAUCUCUACGAAAUCACUGGAAGGCCACCCCGAAGGAACGACGCAGGCGUCAGGUCAUUUCCGAGGGGGCUCGAUCGGCUCUUCUGCAUCUUCGCCAUUUAUCGGCGGGACAAUUCAUUCCAGCAGUUCGGGAUCGGCGAUGCAACAGCGACCGCAACUACCCUCAUCUCGAAGCGGGACGCCUCCCUCGGUGCAGCAGGGUCGAGAGUAUUUCCGGCCUGGCCUGCUCUCAAGUCAGAGUUCUGUCUCUGAUGAGUCUUCCACGGUCAGGAGUGAAGUUCCUGAUCCACUAAUACGGGCAGCGGGUCUGUCGUUGGGAGCAGGCUCAGGUACGCCCCCUCUACCGGCCCUGCCACCAAGUGCAUCGUCAGUAGAGUCUACAGGGUCGCCUGACCCCCUUGCAAGAUCAAGAUUGUCGUAUUUCGUACAGCAGCAACAACAGCAGCAACAGCAACCACAAGCACCGCUCACGAUUCCUCCUCCGCCGCCCGCCUUCGGGGGUGUCCCGCCCGGACCGAGCCCUCUACUCUACCAGCCCACCUUGCCCUCGCCGACAAUGCAAGAAUCGUCGUGGAGAAAUCGUCCACCGGACUUUCGAGGUUACCAGGAGACACCCAGGGGUGCCCACGCCUCCAUACACCUCCCGAGCCCAGGCAGAGAACAGUUGAGUCCGACUCAGUUGCCGCCGAUCUUGUCCCACGAUCGACCUCCCGACUUCCCUCCAGGCCCGGGACCGAGAACUCUACCGCUUCCUCCUCGAACAGGCUCGAUAGGUACCACUACGCUACUGCAUCUCGGCCGCGCAAUGGACCAACCUCGACCCUUGGCGACUGAACCUCUACAGAUCCGCCCCUCAGGGCGCGAUGAGGGUCGGCCCAGCCUCAAUCGAUCAGAGAGCGAUGCAGCUAACACGUUGGCCGGACUCGCGACAGGGGUCUCCCGCUCUGACGCCACCAAGCCUCGCACCCACCCGCCUCUACCACGCCCGCCACGGCGAUCUCCAUAG